AUGACGAGUGGGAACCCGAAAAAGAUGAAAGUGAGCGAGCUGCGCGCGGCUCUCGAGUCGCGCGGAAUGAGCUCAAACGGACUGAAGACGGAGCUGAUCCAGCGGCUGGAGCUGGCGAUGGACGAGGAAGAGUUCGGCAGCGAGGCGCAGGAGAUGGAGGAGCUCAAGGUGGCGAGUCCCAAGGCGAUCAAGAAGGUCGAGCCAAAGAGGAAGGAGACGCUUGCUGUGCUGGCUGCUGCUGCGGUCACGAUGGCCGACGAAGAGUCCGAGAAGAUUCAAGGAGAAAGAUCGAAGCACGUUGCGCCUGUCAAGAAGCCGAUAGUCGCUAUUGUGGGAUCCUCAUCCGCCGCUCUAAGCGAGACGAAGGAUGAGAGAGAUGACGACGCUGGUGCCACUGCAGCUGAUGGUGUAUCGGAGGAGAAGGAAGAAGAGGAAGAGCAAAAGAAGAUAGAGAGUACUGGUGAAGAGGAAACGGACGCACCUGUGGCAGUCAUGACGGAGGAGCAGAAGCGUGCGGCUCGUGCGGCCAAGUUUGGCAUCCCUUUGAGUAUCGAGGACAAGAAGGCUCAGCGUGCAAAGCGUUUCGACCUUCCUAGUGCAGGAACCGAGGAGGAAAAGGCAAAGCGACUGAAGCGGGCGGAGCGGUUCCACUCGGAAACAGAUGACACGUUCGAGAAGAAGAAAGACGCACGCACGAAACGCUUUGGUCUCAACGCAGAGGAGGACCGGCGUCUCGAGCGUGCCAAGCGCUUCAACCUUGAGACGAGCGAAGUGUUUCAAGAGAAGCGACAAAAGCGACUGGAGCGUUUUGCGACUGCUCAGCAAUGA